AUGCGCUUGUGGGGAGAGGGGAAGGAGACGGCGCGGUCCCCUCCGGAUGAAGAAGCCGACCGCUGCCGUCCCCCACCCGACCGAGACCCCGCGAGCGUCGCGUCCCGAGCAAGCGGAGGAAAUCUCCGCGCUGAGAAGGCGGCGUUCAUCGAGGAGCCGGGACUGCGGCCGGGAGGGGCCGGUGGCGGCUCAGCCGCUGGUGGCAAGGCGGGAAAGGACAGCGGGAAGGCCAAGGCGAAGGCAGUGUCGCGCUCACAGAGAGCCGGGCUGCAGUUCCCGGUGGGCCGGAUCCACAGACACCUGAAGACUCGCACCACCAGCCACGGGCGAGGCGGAGCCACCGCUGCCGUCUACAGCGCCGCCAUCCUCGAGUACCUCACCGCCGAGGUGCUGGAGCUGGCGGGCAACGCUUCCAAGGAUCUCAAAGUCAAGCGGAUCACUCCCCGUCACUUGCAGCUGGCGAUCCGCGGCGAUGAAGAGUUGGAUUCCCUGAUCAAAGCCACCAUUGCCGGUGGAGGUGUCAUCCCCCACAUCCACAAGUCUUUAAUUGGAAAGAAGGGACAACAAAAAACAGCGUAG